GACACCUACUCAAAUCCCGGAAGUGGAGUUCCUCCAGGAUGUUGUGAUAGAGACGGUGGCUUUAGAGAAACGGGGAUUUCUGCUUCAUAUUUGUGCUGAACAACCUGUUGUUUUAGAAACGUUGCAGGGUUUUAGUGUUUAAAAUCGGAAGGAUGUCGUCGGAAGAGUUUGAGAAGCUUCAGGAGGUGUACAGGUCUCUGUAUGAGGAGCUGAAGCUGCUCUCUGAACGAGUCACGCGCGCACAAGGAGAGGAGAAGAAGAAACUGGUGCGAGGGUUCGAUGAGCGCCACGGAGAGGCACAGGAGUUGCUGAAGGAUAUGGAGCAGGAGCUUAUCAGCGCCCCGUCCGCCUUCAGGAACUCCAUGUCCUCCAAAGUGCGGCUGUACCACAGAGAUCUGGGGAAGCUGCAGCGACACGUGCAUGCCUCAGACAUCGGAUUCGGCUUCUCCUCGGGGACGGGAGACAGCGUGCAUGGCAGUGCCUAUGCAGAUCAGAACGAGCGCAGUACUGAACAGCAGGCUCAGCGAGCAUUACUGAUUCAGGGCACAGAGUCCCUAAACAACGCCAGCCAGAGCAUUGCGCGCAGCCAGCGCAUCGCCAUCGAGAGCGAACAUAUUGGAACAGACAUCAUCGAGGAGCUCGGGCAGCAGAGAGAACAGCUCGAUCGCACCCGAGACAGGCUGGUUCACACCGGAGAGAACCUGAGCCGCAGCAGAAAAAUCUUGCGCACCAUGUCUCGCAGACUGAUGACAAACAAGCUGCUGCUGGGGAUCAUCAUCAUCAUGGAGCUGGCCAUACUGGGAGCUGUGGUCUACCUUAAGUUCUUCCGGCACUAAGGCGGAGUGCUCCCUUUGCUCCCUGUCUGUAUUUUUUCAGAUUCUCUUUCUCUCUGCGAAGACGAACUGAGACAGAGAACCCGGCCUCUUUUAUACGCUGAAGUGUUCCGGGACCUUCUGCGUCUCCCGUCACUCCGGCUUGUGGAGGCUCGGUGGAACUUGCACAUCUUUUUAAGAACAUUUCUGUUUCUUCUAUAUGGAUGCAAAUCAGUAUCAAAUCAUCAUCUGUGCGGACAGUUCUGACGCCCCGUUUGGGUGCGAAGGAUGGAAAGUGGUGUAAAUUAACUGUUAUGUGACUGAAUAGAUAACACUGCAAUAGAACAGACCUUUGAUCUCUUAAACCUGAUUCAUUAUUUAAUAGAAAUACUUUGUAUUUGCCUUCCAGGGCAGAACUGGAUACAGUAUUAAAGUGUCUAUGGAAGGCUGUGUCUUUGUUCA